GUAUUAAUAUUUUCUAUUCAAGUGCGACGAAAAUUGAUUGAGAUAAAUUAUAAUUCUACAUAAGUUUUACAAAAUUGUAUUGAAAAACACUUAUCAGUAGAAAGAUAAUGCGCUCAAGUGUACACUUUUAAAGAAAUAAUCGGCGUACAUACGCAAAAAAGUGGCGGUCGCCCCAAUUCCUUCAGUAUCUGUUUAAUUCAUAGAGUGUACAAUGAUGAAUAAUAAUUAUAAUACCUCAAAUUUGCCAACACAACAACAACCUCUUACUAUACCGAGCCAUGUGGGCACAUCACAGCCACAGGCUAGUUCCACCCCUCUAAGUAGUUAUUUUAAUGGGCAACAUCAUCAUCAUCAUAUUCAUACUCAUCAAACACACAAUCAUCAUCCUCAGUUGGCUGUAGCUAUGGCUGGUGGUGCUGUCUAUACUGAUCGCACUCCAUUGCAAUUGUCAGCCAAUAGCUUGGAUAAAACAUAUUUUGCAACGUCGGCAGGAGCUCUUGGGGCAGUGAAUAGCGUUAAUGGUAGCCAAUUUUAUGGCACAACACGCCCAUCAACGAGUGCACUAAAUGCUUCGUCUGCGAAUCAAAGCAACACAAUUUUGAUAACAAAUAAUUUCCCGCAUCAAACUACUUCAGCUCCAACGAUAGAUCAACGAACUUUGCCGGGCAGUACUGCAACGGGUAAUUUGCGUAUUGUGUCUACUUCCACCAAUCCCCCAACUACUUUACCGAUUACAACUGCGCCAUUGCAGCAUUCUCCACAUCUUUAUAAUCUUAGCAAUAACAUCAAUAAAGAAGUGCAGCAUUUAUUUCCAGCUCAUUUAGCUUCUUUUACAUCAAGUGCAGCAGAAUUAUUGCCGCAACAUUUUAGUGGUACUCAGCACUUUAAUGCGGCACAGGCGCAGCAACAUGUUGCAGCUUCGGCGGCCACUGCUAUUACGCCUCUAUCGCAUGGAUUUUAUGUGGCGUCUGAUAUGCAGGGAUCCUCUCCUAUAGCAUCCAAUGCGUCACAUAAAAUAUUAAAUAAUAUAAAUGCAAAUGCACACGUUUCAACUGCUACACCUACAAACACUACUCUAGUAACGAGCGGCACUCCAAAUUCAAGUACGACGACCGCUGGUUCAACCGUGGUAUUGGAUCGCAUUAAUAUAUGUAUUAAUAAUUUGUAUACCGACACUACGGGUUCAACAAACACAAAUUCAUCAAUUCCUGCCCAACAGCCCUCACCUAUUAUACCAGCCAUACAGCACAAGGCUGUUAUAGAGAGCGUAGUGGUCCAACCGCCGUUGCCAAGUGAAGAUUCAUUUGAGUCGUCGAAUGCUCUAGUUAUAGAUGAGCCAGAUUCCACUACAACCGCCACCACCCCGCAUACCCCACCCACAACGCCCGAAAAUACGCCAUCUCUUUUGGGCAACUCUUCAGGUAGUAGUGGUGGCGAUAACAAUAGUAGCUUGAUUACUACUACUAUUACCAGCAGUUGCAGCGGCAAUAACAGCCCUAGCACAUCUGCGGCGGUUAAGAAUUUAGAGACGUUUUCUUCCUUGAUGGCGAGCAAAAAAAAUUUUUCCAAUUUUGCUUUGAUAAGCCAAAAGAAAAAUUUAAAAGAGACUGACAUCUGCAUAGCAAGAGAUUCGAAGCAAACUGGCAACAAAGAUACAAUCAAUUCACCAAUUAAAAUCAGUUCAUCUCCUCAUAUCUUAACUACCACAAGCAUACCUAUAACACCACUUACACCCACUUCUCCUAUAAUUUUAAAGAGCAAAAUGGAAAUAGCUGCGAAGGACUCUUCCAAGUCUGUAGCUGUAGCAAACUUUUGCAUGGGCGAAGAUGUCUUGAUUAAACGGGCCGAUGGUCGCUUUUAUUUAGGUACCAUUAUUGAUUAUGUACGACCGCAGUAUCGUAUACGUUUCGAUGACAAAACCGAAGUUUGGAGCAUAUCGGAAGAGAUGCGAAAACUGGGUGGGUCAAGUGCUAAUUGCGCCAGAGAAGAUAAAUCUCAAAACGAUCAGCCAAUGUGUAUAGCUUGCAAGCUUACCGUUCCCGAUGCAAAAGUCGAAACUUGCGAACGUUGUGGUCGUGGCUAUCAUCGCAAAUGCACUCGUGAAACCGAAUUGGGUAGCGGUAUAUGGUUAUGUAAGCGUUGUGCCAAACCUAUGAAAUUGUUGCAAAGCAACUCCGACAUCGAUGGAGAGGAUAAUAUAUGUUUAAGUUUAUCUUACAAUCGUUUUUCUUUAGUUUGGGAUAAAAAGCAUCGUGUUAACGAGGAACAAACAUACUGUUAUUGCGGGCGUCCGGGAAAAUUCGAUCAUAAUAUGCUGCAAUGCUGUCGUUGCCGAAACUGGUAUCAUACGCACUGUACGCAACAGUCGUAUAAGGAGCUUCUAAGAGGUGAUGGAUAUUUUGUGUUCAGCUGUUCGGUAUGUAACCAAGGUCCCGAGUUUCUAAGACGAUUACAAAUGGAUUGGUUGGAUUUCUUACAUUUAAUCUUGUACAACUUGUCAUUGGCCAAAAAAUAUCAUCAAAAAUAUCAUCAUUUUAUUAGAGAUAUUCUACCAUUUGCCGAAGAACAUAAACGAAGUCUACCAAUACCACCCGAGUGGCGUGUUAUGCCUGCGGCGGAAUUCAAAGAGAAUUUGCGACGUACUUUGAAGGAGAAUAAAGAUAGCUUCAUUUGUGGUCGAGAAGCUAAACAAUUCUUUUAUGGUUUACGGAAUAUAAUACCGCCAGUCAUUCCAGAAAUUACUGUAUCAUCAGACGAUAUUUUAACUGAUGAUUGCCUUAAAGAGAAAUUUCAUUUGAAAAUAUACACAUCUUUAGAGGAUAAAGUGAUUGAAAUAAUCGAUCUGCGCGAAAAUGAUGAAGAGAAGAAUUUUGAAGCAAUACCUACAACGAAAUCACAAUUGGAGGAUAGCAACCUUCAUUAUCGAGAUAUCUAUGAAUUUCGCAUAGAGGAAGAAGACGCCGAACAUGAUCACGAUGACAACGAUGACGAUUCAUCCGAAGAUGAGAUACCCAUUAAACACAUAAAGGAUAAGGUGAAGAAGUCAUUGGUAAAAAUCGAUGUGGAAGACGAUAAUGCCAACGAUGCGGUUAGCAUAGAUCCAGAGCCAACUGAGAAAAUAUUGCAAAGGCCAUUAACACCAGAAACUCCAACAGAACCUCAAAUUGACAAAGAAAUGGUAAUAAGGACAACAAAGAAAGGAGAUACGUCAACAGGACUAGUAAUCGAAGAGAAGUUUUCGUCUGAGACAGUAACCAGUAACGAAGAUGAUCAUAAACAAUCUGCACAGAAACCAUUAACUGAAAGUAAUAUAAAAAAAGAUGCACUAAAGCCAGUCAAGAGCAGCCGUAAACGUAAAGCAUUUACUUUAACGAAAACUUAUGACUGUCAUCGUUUAAUUGAAACUUCUUCGGAUGAAAACUCAAGCAGCAGCUCACGUGGUACUUCCUUAGAUUUAAUAAUACCCCCUCCUAAGAAUUUCCUUGGUCAGAAUAAUCCUUUUCGAAUGGUUACACCAAAGAAGAAAGCGGCUGAAAUUGGAGUUUUGGGUGGAGUUAAAAAAUCAGUGAGCUUUGCCCGCAACAGUAGAACCAUUCUUAAGAGUAGCAUUUUCAAUACAACGGCUUUAAGUUUUAGCAGCAAAUUGGCGGCUUUAAAAAGUGCCGGUAUUUUUCCCAAUUUAAGUGCUGGUAAUCUGGCCAAGGCUGCCGGUCAGCCAAGGACAGUACGUACCAUUAAACGCAGACUGAGUGCCAAAGACAUAACGAUUGGGCCAAAUCAGGAAGUGCGACGAAGACGCACCCGCAGGCUGUCAGCAAAUGUAGAGGUUAUAAGUACAACAACCAUAAAUCCUAUACCUACAAAUUUCUUUCCCAUACAUGCCAAAGAUUUAUUAGCCGCUGCUGCUGCAAGUACUUCGUCAGCAGCUGCUUUAUUUACAACACAAACCAAAAUCAAUACGUUAGUGCCACCUAUAUCAUCCGAAAAUAAUGCAAAUUCCAAUAGUCCUUCUGGUCAUUGUUUGCCAACAACACUGGUACAGAACGAUUCAACAGUUUCACAGGGUAGCGAAACCAAACCCAUGCCAACACAUGGACGACGCUUAAGACAACGACCUCAGAAAAUAUCUCCUAAUAAUAGUCGACGUAGUUCAAUAUCUUCAACAUCGUCAACUUGUACGACGACAGUUCUUGCUGCGGGCACAAUUCCCACAAGUAAUAAUACCCUUUCAUCCAAUCAAACUUCUGUUGUGAGUAGCGAGGAUUUAAAGCAAACGGUUAAUAAAUAUUUUGGUGCCGUUAAUCGAAUUGAAUCUGGAGAACAAUUCUCUAUACGUGCCAAACGUCAAUUACCCAAUGGUCAAAUGCAAUAUUUAAUAGAAUGGGGAGAAACGAUUGCAGCGGCGACGACAGGAGCAAUAAAUUUUACAAAACCCAUAUCCACAAAUCAAGAAGAUAUUGCACAAAAUCCGAAUGCUAAUGAAACCGAGAAACCUAUAGAUCUAUUGGAAAAUUCAACACUUAGUGAGGAAUUGUCUAUUGCUGAUUAAAUUUGGAGCACAAAAUAAUUUUUUUUAAGGUAUAUACUUAUAUGUGAUGGAAGAUUUUUGUUUGUAAAGCAGGUUGUGUGUACUAAAAAGUUGAUAAUGUUUUGUGUGGAGGUGAGUUUUAUUUUUUAGUUUAAUUUAAAUGCUAAUUUUUCCAUUUUAUUUAUUAAUUUUUUUUUUUUAUAAACGGUUAGUGGCAUAGAUCACUUCCCGAAGUCGCACAGUUCGAGGUCUGCGUCUAUCGUGACUUAUGUAAUUUAUAUUGAAAAAUGAUGUUAGUUUUUGAUUGCUUGAUAAUGUUAAUUCCAGGAAAAACUUUUUAACAUAAACCUUAGAUCUUUCAUUAACAAUAAGGAAGGAUCGAAGGAUCGUUGCUAGAUUGCUAUUGAAGUAAUAAUGAGAAAAAAGGAAGUGCGAAAACUCUAUUACCAUUGGAAGUCUCCAUAUCUGCAUAGAUAAAAAACAAGAAGAAAAUCUUUCGAUAUAAUCGUACUUAGCACAUUUCCCCUCAUUCAUAUCAUUUGGCAGCAUCUCAGAGGUGAUUUUUAUAUAUAUAGACCCCGUUUUUCUUAUUUAUUUUACAAUUGUAAAACUCAGGGCAAGCAACCCGAGUAAGAGAGAGAAAAAAAAAAAAAGAAUAAAAUGGGAACAAAUACCUCUUCUUAGGCAAAGUUUUGAAGUAAUAAUCGUAAUCUCAACAGGAAGAGUAAUGUGUGUACGUCUGCUCGAAUUAUGUUCAUUGUUAAUUUUUUAAUCAAGAAUGUAUAUGCACGUUCUACAUAUUGUUUUUAUUUAGUACCCUAUAGAGGGUAAAAAAUUUGUAUUAGAAAUUUAAAAUGCAAAACUCCACGAACAUGCGAAAUGUCCACAAUUAACGAAAUAUUUGCGACAUGUUUAUGUAUGAGAGAAUGACCAUCAUAGAUUCUUCUUAAUGCAAGCCCUACUUUACUGAUUUUCUUUGUGUUUAUUUUUAAAAGGGUUCUGGUCUAAGUCCACUUCAUUCGUCAUCUGUGCGUAUAUACGUCUAUUCAAAAUAUGUUAAUAUUUUCUUUUAUUUUUUGGUUUUUUGUUUAAUUUAUAAUAUUUAGAAAUGUAAAAGCUCACUGCCACGACAAACAAAAGUCUCGCAAAUUAAUUAAUGAAAAUAAAAGUAAAACAUACUACAGGAUAUUAGUGUGCAAUGGCAGGAAUACGUAUAAAGAUAAUCUAAGUAAAACAAUUAAAAUCUCUCAAAAAUCUACAAAGAAAAUACGACAGAAAAAAAAAAAAAAA